AAGGUAAAAAGAAAAGGCCAACCACCAAAUAUCAAACCUCAUUCUCUCGGAUCACCAUUUAAUAAUCCACUUCCCCCAGUUUAGUCCAAGUCUUUAAAACUAUAUCAAUUUUCUUAAAUCCCUCUGUAUUCUUUUAAAUUCCAAAAGAAAAAAAAAUAGUUUUCCAAAGAGAAGAAGCAGCUGAAACUGAAAGUAGAUCUACAAAACAAGAGGAGCUAAGGGUUAAUGAAGCAAUGGAAGAAGAGGAUCCUGGAGAGUGGUUGAACCUGGCACUCGGUGGGAACUUAUUACCAGCACGAGACUCAGAGUCUGAGUUGGACCCGCAGUUAAGACCAGUUCCUUCCAAGGUUUUCUCAUGCAACUUCUGCAAGAGGAAGUUUUACAGUUCACAAGCCUUGGGUGGCCACCAAAACGCCCACAAGAGGGAGCGAGGUGCAGCCAGAAGAUAUCAAUCCCAUAGGAUGAUGAUGAGUUUGCCGAUGAACAGUCAUGUAGUUCGAUCACUUGGUGUUCGGCCGCAUUCGCUUGUGCACAAAUCAACCAUAGAUAGAGCUGCUGCUGCAGCGAGAUUUAAUGAUACCUACACGGUGCAGUUGGCAGUUGAUGAUGGAAUGGAUUUUAUGUGGCCAGGCAGUUUCCGUUUGGAUCCUCAACCAUCUGAACGGCCAGCAGAACCAUCCAAGCUUGACUUGAAUCUUCGACUUUAAUUGAUCUAUCUACUCUCUUGUCCAAGUUUAGAAAUCUCUUGAACCUGGGAUUAUUGUCAGGCUCAGGCAUAAGUUUUGAGAUUAGUUGUACUUUACUGUAAACAUAGUGUUGAACAGAUUUUUUGUUUAUUUUA